AUAACUAAAUGCGAAUGAGUUAGUAAUGCAAUGAUGAUAAAUAUGACCAUUAGCGAUGAUGUAAAUUGUAAUAGUAUGAAAGAUGACGCUAAUAUUUCUAAUGCGAUUCUAACGUACAGCAGUAGGACAUAUGAUAAAUACUCUUCUAUAGUUUGAUUAUGGUUUAUACUUUUAACUUUACAUCAAGCAGCUAAUAUAUCAGAAUUUUUAGUUGACUUCUUUGUCAACUUCUAAGCUUGAAUAUGGUCUCAUCACAUAAAGAGGAUGAUGAACUGCCGGAUAAAAAUGUAGCAAGAGAUUUCUAUGCAAAAUAUGAACCAAAAGAAGUACUUGGAAGAGGUGUAAGCAGUACUGUGAGACGCUGUGUAGAAAAAGACACUGGGAAAGAAUAUGCUGCCAAGAUCAUUGACAUAAGUGCUGAUAUUGAUGAUUCAAGUGGAAGUCUAAGAGAGGCUACACUACGAGAAAUUCAUACGCUCAAACUUGUGGCUGGUCAUCCUUAUAUAAUUGAGCUUCACGAUGUUUUUGAAUCAUCAACAUUCAUUUUCCUUGUCUUUGAAAUAUGUAAAAAUGGUGAGCUGUUUGAUUAUCUCACAAAUGUUGUUGCCUUAUCAGAAAAGAAAACAAA